UAUAUAAAGGAGGAUAGGACGUUGCGGUUUCCCCACUAUUAAAGAUAGCUAUAGGUAAUUAAGGGUGAAAGUGAGAGAGAAAGAGAUCAGACAUUAGUCCGUAUAAUUGGUUAUUGUGAGAGAUUUCAUGGAAGAACAUCUCAGUCCACUUGCUGUUACCCAUCUCCUUCAACACACACUCAGAAGCUUGUGCAUUCAUGAAAAUUCCCAAUGGGUUUAUGCGGUCUUCUGGAGGAUCUUGCCCAGAAACUACCCACCACCCAAGUGGGAAGGUCAAGGGGCUUAUGAUAGAUCAAGAGGAAACAGAAGGAACUGGAUAUUGGUCUGGGAAGAUGGUUUCUGCAAUUUUGCUUCUUCAUCAGCGCCUGAAAUCACCUCCGGUGAAUGCCCUGGUUCAUCUGUCUACGGGAACUGUGAAUUCCAGCACUACCAAGGACUGCAACCAGAGCUUUUCUUCAAGAUGUCACAUGAGAUCUAUAACUAUGGAGAAGGGUUGAUAGGAAAAGUUGCUGCAGAUCACAGUCACAAAUGGAUAUAUAAAGAACCAAAUGAACAAGAAAUCAACUUCUUGUCAGCGUGGCACAAUUCAGCAGACUCGCACCCAAGGACUUGGGAAGCCCAGUUCCAGUCUGGUAUAAAGACCAUAGCCCUCAUAGCCGUAAGAGAAGGUGUUGUUCAAUUGGGAGCCGUUCACAAGGUUAUUGAAGACUUGAGCUACGUGGUUCUUCUGAGGAAAAAGUUCAGCUACAUCGAGAGCAUCCCAGGCGUGUUGUUGCCACAUCCAUCAUCUUCCGCAUACCCUUACAAGGUGGAAGGGUACGGAUCAAUCCCCGAGCAAUGGCAAUAUUUCCAACGCAGUACACUCGCACCCCCACCACCUGAGUUAUAUGAUCACUUCAACCAGCAGCCCCUGAAAAUCACUCCAUCAAUGAGCAGCCUUGAGGCACUUCUCUCUAAGCUUCCCUCAGUCGUACCGCCAACGCAAACACAGCCAAAUCAGUCCAAUCAUCAUCAUCAUCAUCUUGUGCCAUCCCAUCAUCACCAAAGGCCCUUAGAGUUUCUGGGAAUGCAGAAAGCAGCAAAAGAAGAGAUUGAUGAUCAAGAGGUAUAUAGACCAGAGCUUGAUGUGGGUGAGAGCAGUAGCUCCAUACCAGAAGGAUACCACCAACCACCACCACCAGCAUUUCCAAGAUCAGAAUUUGACUAAUGAAGCCAAUCAUGGGUUUUGAGUAUAAUAUCAAUAAUAGUAGUAGUAAUAAAACCCAUAGAGGGCAUUAAUUAGCACCACAUAUGCAUAUGUUUCUAGACUAGUUUCAGGUGGGAAAAAUGAAGAUGAUCAGUCCCAAGUCCUAACACUGUUGUAGUGAGUUUGUUAGGUUCAGUAUUAUUAUUUAUUAUAAGGCUAGUCUUUUCUUUAAAGCUUUAAUAUAUGGCAAGCCAAGGACUUCCAAUCAAUGCAUGCAUGCACAUCCGGUGCUGAUCUGGUUUAUGGGAGUGUGAGAGAGAUAAGUGUGUGUGUGGGUGUGUGUGAAGCAACAAAAUGUAGUAAACCGUGGUUCAAAAAUCCAUGAACUUGUGCAACUUAAUUAAGGGAAAGGUAGUCCUUUGAACUGGAAAA